AUGGCAUCUCGAGCUGAAAAAAUAGAUCGAUUUCCAAAUAAAAUUCUUAUUAAUGUUUCUGAAAUACAAAAUCUUAAAAGUCCACGAGCUGAACCAUUAACUAUAUUUCUUCGUUUUGAAUAUAAUGAUGGACAAUUUUCUGAAUCAGGAAAAUUUGAUGUUACUGAUGGAAGUCCACGAAAAGUCGAUCAUAAUGCUAUAUUAGGUGUUAAUGCUUCAGAUCCAGUACAAAUUGAUGAUUUAGGACAAAAACCUGUUUUAGUUACAUUAUUUGAAGCUCAACCAAAAGAUAAAAAACAAAAAGAAGAUAAAUCAACACCUAUUGGACAAGCUAUACUUGAUCUUUGGCCUUUACUUAAAAAUGAAACUCAAAUUUCAGUUAAUAUACCAAUUUAUGCCAUUCCUGGAUCAUAUCUUGAAACACAAGGAGAACAAAAUCAGCCAUUUUUAAAUGUCAAUGUCAGUAUCGAUCAACCACUUAUUCCUGUUCGUGAUCAACAUAAUACAAAUGCAGUUCAUAUUACAUUAGAAGGUUUAUAUUCACCACCGGAAGGAUGGUUACCUGGUGGUACAUCAUUUGUUUAUACAGCAACAUUACCAAUUCCAGUUAAUGAUGAUAAAGAAACAACUGUUGUAUUUACAAAUGGUACACUUCGUGCGGCAACUGAUGUAACAAAUAAACAAAAACGUUGGCCUGAUGCUCGUGGUAUUGUUACUCUGAAUGGUACUUAUAUACCAGGACAAAUUAUAAAUGAAGAAUCAAUUGAUGAUGAACAAGGGGACUUACAUAGUAAAGAUGAUAAAGAAUUUCGAACUAAUUCAGAAAAAACAAAACCACAAGUUGUAUGGAAUAUUGAACGACGAUGUUUUUUACUUCCAGCGGGAAGUCAAAGCUUACAUCAUCAAAUAACACGUGUACCUUAUUUACCAGUUGAAAUUGUCCGUACAGCUACACCAACAGCACCUAAGGGAAAAAAGGAUGAAGAUACUGGUAUUAGUUAUCAUGGUAUUGUUUAUAUCGAAACAGCACCCCUUCUUUACCCAGGCGCAACAAGACUUCGAGGUGCCUAUAAAAUUGUACCAUAUAAUGAAACUGAAUAUAAAACUAAAACAAAACGAUCGAGUAAUAUAAUUGAUGAAGCAAUGAAAAUAGCUAAUCAAUUAUUUGAUCGUUCAUCUUUAAAUGCCAAUAAGAAAGAUACAAAAUUAGUAGUUGAUAAACAAGCAACUGCUGGUACUGCAACUAGCAUACCAAAAAAAAAAACAGAAUUAGGUGAAGAAGCAUCUUCAGUAACAACAGAAGCUCAACAAUACAUUGAAUAUAGUUCUUAUGUAACUAUUGAUAUUGUUCUUGAUCGACCUAUCAUUGAAAAACGAAAAUUAAGUGAAUUAUAUCGAAAAAUUUCUGAUCUUAUUCCACCACGUCCAAGUUAUCCAAUAAAAGUAAAUAGUGCUGAAAAAGCUGUAGAAGAUUAUCAUCAACAAAUUAAAAAUGUUUGUAGUUUAAUACUUGAUGAAUAUCGAAAAGUAUGUGUUGAUGAAAUAAAUACAGACUCAACUCUUCCGAAUGAUCAAAAACGUCGUAAAUUAUUAUAUGAACUUAAUUCAACUGGUAAAUAUUUUGCAUUUAAAGAACAACUUAAACAUAGUGUGAUAAAAAUUACAUUUGUUAGUCAAUUAUAUGUAUUUCUUCUUGAUGAAAUGCAUCGUUCAUUAAAUAAAUCAUUAAAUAUUGAAGAACCUGAACCAGUACCACCAUCAAGAAAUACGGAUGCACAAUUACGUAUAUUUGCACUUGAAGCAGAAAGUAAUGGAGAUUAUCUAUUAGCAGCUCAUUAUUAUAAACAACGUCUUGCACAAAACUCUGAUAAACUUCGUCCAUGGCUUGAUUUUGCUGCUUUCCAUUUACUUGUUAAUGAUUUAAUUAAAGCUGAAGAAUGUCUUAAAGAAUGUCUUGCAAUUGAACAAACGAAUAGUACUGUAUCAAUUUUAUAUGCUGUUCUCAAUGCUAUAUUGGAAAAUAAUGAAGUUGCUGAUUUAUUUUUUGAAACUGCUACAACGGAAGAUAGUGAAAAUGUAGUUGCAUGGACACUUUAUGCUAUUUUUCAAAAACAUAUUGGUAAUGAAAAAAAUGCUCAAAUAACAUUAGGAAGAGCUGAAAAACUUCAACGAGCUAUUUUAAAGAAUGAAGAAGAACAAGCAACAGCAGGAGCCAAUAUAACAGUAACACCACCAAUAAGUGAUGAAAAACGUGAAGAAGAAGAAAAAGAUCGCCCUGUUGGUGAAGAAAAAGAAGAAAUAACAAAAAGUUCAGAUUCUCAACUAAACGUUGCAUCAAAAAGUCGCCUUAGCCGUAGUAGUCGAUCAAGUAAACAAAAACAAGAAAAACCAAAAUCAGUUGCUAACGAACCAACAAUAGCUCGAAAAUCUCAAGAUAUUUCAAGUUCAAUAGAAAUUGAAAAAGUAACAAGUAAAAAAAGUAUUUAUCUCAAAUCAGCUGAAUUUUUACUCAAAUACAAUAUUGCUACGUGGGCAGAAAAAGCGUUAGCUUUUGAAUAUCUUGCUAAUAGUGGUAAAGAUCAACAAGUAGAAAUAGCAUUAGCCAAAGCAAAAAUUCUUCAACAAGAUUUUGCAUCAGCUGAAACACAUAUUACACAAGCCUUAUCAAUUGAUUAUGAAAAUGUUGAAGCAUGGGCACUUUGGGGACAUGUGAAAUACUUACAAUUAGAUUUUGAAGCUGCAAAAGGUCGAUAUCAACGUACAUUAGUUUUUUCAGAAAAACCACCAGAUCUUCAUACAGUUUAUAUUCGACUUGGUGCGAUUCUUUUAUCAGAAGGAAAUGAAUCAAGUUAUUCUGAAGCAAAAGAAAUCUUUUUACGUGCAUGUCGUUAUCAACCAACAUGUACAACAUAUUUAGGUCUUGGCAUUGCUUGUUAUCGAAUGAAUCAAUAUGAUGAUGCAGAAGAAGCACUUACAGAAGCAAAUUUUCUUAAUAAUCAAAAUGCAGAUGUUUGGGGUUAUUUAACUCUUAUUUGUUUACAAACAAAACGAUACAUUGAAGCUGAGCAAAGUUACAAAUAUGCGAUUAAGCUCGAUCUUCCAGCGGGUCCAUUACUUGAUGAAAUCAAUACAGUACAGCGUCAAGUUGGUUUUGGCGAUCCAAGUUUUUAG